AGCCCUAAAUGAAGUUUUUGUGACAAAAAUAGCAUCUCCUAGUUUAUUUGACAAAAAUAGCACUCAUUUAUUUUUAAUUUAAUAAAUUUAAUAAACAAAAGGAAGGGAAAAAGCAUUUCACGAUAACUGUCGUCACUCCACGAUAAGGCGAUGACGGAGACGAUUUUAGGUGAUAGCUGCCAGCGACAGAGAAAGCUGCCAGCGACGGAGAGAUCUGCCUGCGACGGAGAAAGCUUCACCUAUUUUCGAACUUCAAACUGUUUGGAUGAUGAAGACGAAGUUUGCAUCUGCGAGGAACUUGACGAUUUGGUAUUUGGAGAACUUGAGGCUGGAGAAGGCACUAGAAUGGACAUCUCAGUUUCUGUGCCACCAAGUGAUACAUGUUCAACGCCUGAAAAAGGACAGGGCAAUUAUUCAUUAUUUUUGCCUCCUGCUCGAGAUUCUGCUGUGAUUUCUAUAGGAAGUACACAUUCAACGGCUGCACAUGAAAAUCAGAAGAACCUCAUCCUUUAGUUGGAACUUCUUCUAUCUCUGCUGCACAUGAAAACCAAAAGGAACCUUAUCUUUCAGUUGGAACUUCUUUUAUCUCUGCUACACAUGAAAACCAGAAGGAACCUCAUCCAUCAGUCGGAACUUCUUCCAUAUCUGUGCCAUAUAGUAAUACAUGUUCAACGACUGAAAAGGGAAUAGGCAAUAAGUCAUUGGAUCUGCUUCCUGCUCCACAUCGUAGUCCGAUUCCUAUAGGAGGUGUACAUUCAACACAAGGUGCUGAUGAUAUAUAUAUUAAUAAAUAUUUCAUGAACAAGGCUGAGUUAAUGCAGAAGAUGAGGACAUGGGAGUUGGAGUAUAAGUUUGAGUUUAGGUAUCGAUGGUCUAACAAAGAGAGAGUGGUUUUGGUAUCUGUAGAUGAUAAAUGUACUUGGAGGAUGCGUGAAAUGAGGGUAGACUCUUCUGAUUUCUUUGUGGUGAAAAGUAUUGUCAUGAGCACACAUGUGACACUACACACAGAAAUGAAAAUCAUAGGCAAGCUACUGCGAAGUUAUAAAAUCUCUUUUUAUGUCAUGAUGUGUUUCGUGUUUCAUAGAAAUAUAUACGUUUGUUUGUAUAAGAUCUUAUAAUUAGAAGCUUGGCUCACUGGUUACAUGUUCUAUUACAAAAACAAUAGGUCCCGGUUUUGAAUCUUGGUGGAAGUAACUAUUACAGCUUUUUUUUUA